AUGCCUGAUCUCAACUUUUCCUCUGAUGCCGCCAACGAUGAUGACAACCUCUACGAGCAGGGUAUCUGGGGAAAACAGAAGACGUACGUGGAGCCAGGGGCCUACGAGGCAGAGGCCAGAGCCACGGCCGAAGCGGAAGCAAAGAAUGAGCAAGCUUUCGAAGACUUCGCAGGUGAAAAGGAGAAGGAAGGGUUGACCGAUACGGUUGAUUAUCAAAACUUCCGUGAAGCUUAUCACCUUGCGGAACGAAUGAGCCCGCUCAUGAAACUUGCUGACCAGCUCAACGGCUACGGGAAACGGCUCGUGCUUCCGCCGCUCGUGAAGAGGCAUUAG